GCUUCCUAGGGACCCAUGAGUGACGCCCGGCAGCCGGUUCAAGAGACGCACGCGCAUGCGCGGAUCGCCCCUGGCGGCGCAUCGGCGUCGCGCGUCCUGUUGCGCAUGCUCGGAUCCCUGCUUGGACGGGGAUCAGCGCACCUGGUGUGUCUGCAGCUCUGUCCUGCAUCCCACCCGGGCAUCCCGCGCCCGGCCAUGACAGCGCACUCCUUCGCCCUCCCGGUCAUCAUCUUCACCACGUUCUGGGGCCUCAUCGGCAUCGCCGGGCCCUGGUUCGUGCCGAAGGGACCCAACCGCGGGGUGAUCAUCACCAUGCUGGUGGCCACCGCCGUCUGCUGUUACCUCUUCUGGCUCAUUGCCAUCCUGGCUCAGCUGAACCCCCUGUUCGGGCCCCAGCUGAAGAAUGAGACCAUCUGGUACGUGCGUUUCCUGUGGGAAUGACCCGCCGCCACCGCUGCUGGCCCCAGGUACUGGGAGGACAGGGCAUGUGGGGCCUGGGCCCCUGUGGGUGGGGAGGAAGGGAGAGGCAAAGAUAAAAGCGGGGGGUCUGAGCACUGACUCCCUGCCUGCCUGGCACUGUCCUGGCCACCAGGGAUGAGAUGGGGACCACAGCCCCACCUUAUCCUCACGGUGCUUCCUCCCAAGGCACGUCCAGGCAUGGCUCAUGUGGGGUUGCUAGGCCACAGGGGGGUGGCAGGUGACACAGGAUCUGUUCUGAGUGGACAGAGGGAGGUGAGGGUAAGCCGAGUGACCAGCGCAGGGGCAGGGAUGAGGAGGCUGUCAGGGACAGGACGGUGGGGACGGAGUCUCCACAGCAAGGCAGUGACCCUUUGAUGUGUUGUGCUUUUCAGGUGUCCCAGCUCUCUGGAUGACCCUGGCCUGACUGUCCCUGGUGUCUCUGGCCUGACUGUCCCUCCAUCCCUCCUUCCCCCCAUAGCUGUGUCCGGGUCCUCCUCAUCCCAGCUCCGUCCUGCUGGCACCCUGGACCCACAGCUCCAGGGCCCGCCUGUUCUAGGAAGUACCGCCUUCCCAGCCAGCCCCGGGCCUCGGGAGAGCCCUGAGUGCAGAGCUGGGCUAGGGCCAGGGAUAUCCUCCGACAUUCCCACUGCUCUCGAGCUUUCCCUUCCUCCUAAGUGGAUCCUGGCUGAGGAGCUGAUGCAGGUGGGAUCUUUCUUUUACAAAUAGGGCAGAAGCCGGGACUCAGGCCGGCCCAGGGGAGGGCACGCGUCCUUGUAGAGAAAGGAGCAUCCAGCCCAGGGUGCUGCGAGCCAGGCGGGGGGUCGGGUGCCGGCCACCAGCUCUGCCACCACCCUGCUGUGAGAAGGAGGAUCUCUGUCCUGUCAUGCCCAAGGCCUUCUCGAGCUCUGGCAUGGAAUGGAAUUAUUCUUUAAUUUUCCAACACAUGUAGAUGUGAAAUUUCUGAAAAUACUGAAGUAAAGGAGAAACAUUCACAUUUAAAAAAGCAACGUUAUUUGGGUCAAGAUUGAAACCUCGAUGUUUGGCAUUCUUUGUAGUUAGUUAUAAAGUCACUUAAGUUGGUUUGCUGGGAAAGUUGUGUCUCAGAAUAUUCUGUUCACCUUCCCUCCCCACCCCAACCUGGGCCUCCAUGUGUAGAUAGGGCCCCUCCCUCCCAGCUGAGCAUCUGAGGACAGCGGCUGCCCCAGGAGGCCUGGCUUCUGCCUCCCUGGGCUGGGGGCAGGGCAGAUUUCGGCUUCGGAACCUCUCACAGCAGGUCUGAGUGCGGGAGCUGGGGUGAGGGGAGGUGUGAGGGGAAUGGCACCGUGUGCUCAGGCCUCUGCCCCGAUUGCGCCUGGUCUGUGCCGGGGACGGUGGGGCACAGAAGACAGACCCUGGGGACCCCCCGCCUGGCCCUCAGUCCUCAAGGAGAGAGAGCUCAGACAUGAGACACUCGCCGAGCUCCCAGCAUGGAGGGGUCAGCACUCACCCAGCUUGUCUGGCCCCCAGCUGGUGCCCUGUCCUCACUGCCUCUCAGGGAAGAGAAACCAGCCUCGCUUAUUUGUUGGCUACUUUUUGGUCUGCCUUCCCAUUCAGCAGGCAGUGUUCUGGCACAGCGGUAGCAUGCCGCGUGUCCCGCCCAGAUGUCUUGGUUCUGGGUCCCACGACCCCGUUCACACUUGCUUCCCCUCCCGACCUUGGGGCCUUCCCAUGAGUGAGGCUGUCUCGUGUGACGUGUACUGAGCACCUGACUCAUGUCUAAUAAAUGAUGGUGGUGGAGAGCA